AUGUCUCCAGAUCCAAAACCGCAAACACGGAAGCGUGGUCGUCCCGCAAACGCGUCCAAAUCUGCUGACGCCAGCGCGUCGCAAGAUCGUCCAGAUGAGCACGAAGCCGAUAACGAAGAGUCUGCACCUUCGAAACAGAGAGGGCGCCCCAAGAAACAAAUACAACAAGAUGCGACAGAAGAAACAGUAGCCCACGAAGACAAACCUCGAAAGAAGCGCGGUCGGCCAACAACUGAAGAUAAGAAUGCGGAAAAGACAGCACAAGAUGCAGCACAGCCCAAAAAAGGACGCGGUCGACCCUCGCUUGAGAAAAAUCAAGAUGAGCAGGAAAUAGAGCAGGAAGCAACAGAGAAUUCGGUACAAGGGAAGCGAAAGCGCGGCCGCCCAUCGCUCGAGAAAAAUAAAGACGACAAUGAGCCUGAGCAGGAGGCUGUAGAUAAAGAGGCGCAACCGAAGAGAAAGCGCGGCCAUGCAAAAAACUACCCGGACGGCCAAGAACCUGAGCGCCAGGUGGCAGAGAACGAGGUACAGCCUAGGAGAAAACGGGGUCGCCCUUCUCUUGGAAAUGAUGAGAACGAGAGGCAAACCGAAGAAGAAAUGGCCAAAUCGGCAGCGCAAGCAAGGAAGAGACGAGGUCGUCCUCUCGAAAAAGACCAGAAUGAAGCAGUAGAUGAUCCCGCGAAACCACAACGGAAGAGAAAGACGAAUGAAAAGCAAGCAGAGCAGCCAGAUGAACAAGACGAGGAGUCUCAACCACGCAAAAGGGGUCGCAAAGCGACUCAGCAUCCCGAAAGACCUUAUGUAGAGCCAGAAGACGCAGAACCACCCCCUCGAAAGAAACGUCAACGUAAAGUGCUGGAACCCGAACCGGAGGAACAAGAGACUGGGGAGGAACACGAGAACAGACGAAGCCCGCGAAACUCUUAUGGGAAUGUAGAGAGGAAUGCCCAUGGAAACACUCGCCGGGUGCAAAAUCCCAACGUUGGCGCAUCGCAGGAAGAUGCAGAGCAACAACAACCUGGCAAAGAUACCAAGAAGGUUGGGCGACGAAAGGGCGGCAAGUCAUCCGCUGAGAGUACGAAUGAUCUUGGACAACAACAGCAGCAAGGUACCAACAAGAAAAGGCGCGGCAGCAAAGACAACGCACAAACCGAUUCAGAUGAAUCCCUUCCCUCUCCUCAGAAGCCAUAUCUUCAUAUUGCCCCUUUCAAACGCACCAUCCGCUCCUCUCAUAUUGCUGCAAAAUGGUCUCCCCUAUCCGGUUUGUCCCUCCCCACUGCAACAUCGAUCCUUACACUCGCCCAAAGACCCAUUCUUCAACGGACAGCCACGACCCGUAACCGACGCACCCACGCAACCGCAGCAUUGAACCUCGUCUCGCGACGUAUAGAGCGCAAGCUUGCCCGUGGCCUACCCUUUCCCCCUGCAUCCUCUACAACAAGUACGAGGCGCCGCGCAGACGCAGACGGAGGUCGCGCGAUGGAACUCGAUUUUGAAGCCGUGCUAGAUGGGAAACAGACAUUGGACAGACAGUUGCAACCAGCGAAGCAUGCUGUGGGACUAUUAAAGGCUGAAAAGGAUAGGAUUGAGAAAGAGCUUGAGAAAGACUACGAGGAACUGAGGCGGUUGGAGGCGAAUGCAAGGGCGCAGACAAGAGAGCGCAAGGACCUAUUUCGAAAAGCACAUAUCCUGGCGCGGACAUCAUGGGCUACGAUCAAACACCAGGAUACAGAGUUUGUGACAGACAAAGACGAGGGAAGCCUCAAGGACCUCGUGGAUACGCCUCUCGAAUCUGUAGCCCUCCAACUUGCUGGCCACGUUGACAGCAUCCGUGGAAACCUUCAGCAGGCCGAGGGUGUGACGCCACAACUUGACCGUACAAAGGCAGCGUUACAAGACGUGCUGCAGCGGUAUCUGGAUGCCGAUGCUUAUGAGCACGUCCUGCUUGGAUGA